GCGGCGGCGGCGCCUGACACUCGGCGCCUCCUGCCGUGCUCCGGGGCGGCAUGUCCGAGGCUGGCGGGGCCGGGCCGGGCGGCUGCGGGGCGGGAGCCGGGGCGGGGGCCGGGCCCGGGGCGCUUCCCCCGCAGCCUCCCGCGCUGCCGCCCGCGCCCCCGCAGGGCUCCCCCUGUGCCGCCGCCGCCGGGGGCUCGGGCGCCUGCGGUCCGGCGACGGCAGUGGCUGCGGCGGGCACGGCCGAAGGGCCAGGAGGCGGUGGCUCGGCCCGGAUCGCCGUGAAGAAGGCGCAACUGCGCUCCGCUCCGCGGGCCAAGAAACUGGAGAAACUCGGAGUGUACUCCGCCUGCAAGGCCGAAGAGUCUUGUAAAUGCAAUGGCUGGAAAAACCCCAACCCCUCUCCCACACCCCCCAGAGCCGAUCUGCAGCAAAUAAUUGUCAGUCUAACGGAAUCCUGUCGGAGUUGUAGCCAUGCCCUAGCUGCUCAUGUUUCCCACCUGGAGAAUGUUUCAGAGGAAGAAAUGAACAGACUCCUGGGAAUAGUGUUGGAUGUGGAAUAUCUCUUUACCUGUGUCCACAAGGAAGAAGAUGCAGAUACCAAACAAGUUUAUUUCUACCUGUUUAAGCUCUUGAGAAAGUCUAUUUUACAAAGAGGAAAACCUGUGGUUGAAGGCUCUUUGGAGAAGAAACCUCCAUUUGAAAAACCUAGUAUUGAACAGGGUGUGAAUAACUUUGUACAGUACAAAUUUAGUCACCUGCCAUCAAAGGAAAGGCAAACAAUAGUUGAGUUGGCAAAAAUGUUCCUAAAUCGCAUCAACUAUUGGCAUCUGGAGGCACCAUCUCAGCGACGACUGCGAUCUCCCAAUGAUGAUAUUUCUGGAUACAAAGAGAACUACACAAGGUGGCUGUGUUAUUGCAAUGUGCCACAGUUCUGUGACAGUCUACCUCGGUACGAAACCACACAGGUAUUUGGGAGAACAUUACUUCGCUCUGUCUUCACCGUUAUGAGGAGACAACUCCUGGAACAAGCAAGACAGGAGAAGGACAAACUGCCUCUUGAGAAACGAACUCUAAUCCUCACCCAUUUCCCAAAGUCAGUUAUCAAUCCGCCUCCUGUGGCUGGGACAGUUUCAUACAAUUCAAACUCAUCUUCCCUUGAGCAGCCAAAUGGAGGGAGCAGCAGUCCUGCCUGCAAAGUCUCUUCUGGACUUGAGGCAAACCCAGGUCUUAAUUUCAUGUUUCUCUGGUUCAAAACCUGUAAUGCUUCAAGGCCCCUCUGUGUGUAUUACCCGCUCCCUCUAGACCCGAGCAGUUGGUGUUUACUAGACAUACUCUCUGUGUUUACUGGACAUAUCCUCUGCUUUGCUCCCUCUACCAGUUUGCUGUCAGCACAUUCAGCCAGGGAUGAGGCGGCAAGGCUGGAAGAGCGCAGGGGUGUAAUCGAAUUUCACGUGGUCGGCAAUUCCUUGAACCAGAAACCAAACAAGAAGAUCCUGAUGUGGCUGGUCGGCCUACAGAACGUGUUCUCCCAUCAGCUGCCUCGAAUGCCAAAGGAGUACAUCACACGGCUUGUCUUUGACCCGGAGGCCAAGAAACCCCGAGUUAUGGGGGAUAUUCCAAUGGAAUUAAUCAAUGAGGUCAUGUCCACCAUCACGGACCCUGCAGCGAUGCUCGGACCAGAGGUUAGCAGGGUAAACUUGGGCAGCCAGCUGGUAGGUCCUGUCUGCUCUCCCGGCCACUCCGGCUUUCAGAAAUGGGGAUGGGAUUUCUUUUCUCCAGAAUCUAAUAUAUUUGUCAUUAUACCAACUUCCACACAGGGCUAUGGAACACACCUGAUGAAUCAUUUGAAAGAAUAUCACAUAAAACAUGACAUCCUGAACUUCCUCACAUAUGCAGAUGAAUAUGCAAUUGGAUACUUCAAGAAACAGGGUUUCUCCAAAGAAAUUAAAAUACCUAAAACCAAAUAUGUUGGCUAUAUCAAGGAUUAUGAAGGAGCCACUUUAAUGGGAUGUGAGCUAAACCCACGGAUCCCAUACACUGAAUUUUCUGUCAUCAUUAAAAAGCAGAAGGAGAUAAUUAAAAAGCUGAUCGAAAGAAAACAGGCCCAGAUUCGAAAAGUCUAUCCUGGACUUUCGUGUUUUAAAGAUGGAGUUCGACAGAUUCCUAUAGAAAGCAUUCCUGGAAUUAGAGAGACAGGCUGGAAACCGAGUGGAAAAGAAAAAAGUAAAGAGCCCAAAGACCCUGACCAGCUUUACAGCACGCUCAAGAGCAUCCUCCAGCAGGUGAAGAGCCAUCAAAGCGCUUGGCCCUUCAUGGAACCUGUGAAGAGAACAGAAGCUCCGGGAUAUUAUGAAGUUAUAAGGUUCCCCAUGGAUCUGAAAACCAUGAGUGAACGCCUCAAGAAUAGGUACUACGUGUCUAAGAAAUUAUUCAUGGCAGACUUACAGCGAGUCUUUACCAAUUGCAAAGAGUACAACCCCCCUGAGAGUGAAUACUACAAAUGUGCCAAUAUCCUGGAGAAAUUCUUCUUCAGUAAAAUUAAGGAAGCUGGAUUAAUUGACAAGUGAUUUUUCCCCUCUUUGCUCCUUAGAAACUCUUCAAGCAGUGUGCCUAAAGCAAGGUGGUUUAGUUUUACAAACAAUUGAACAUAAUGUAUUGAAGAGACUUGUAAAUGUAAUAAUUAGCACUUUUGGAAACGAACAAAAAAACCUCCUUUUAGCUUUCCAGAUCUGUAUUUAAAUUGAAGUCAUAGAACAUUUUUAUUUUAUGGAAUAGAUUUUAAUCUAUUUACUACUAUUAAUGUAAAUUUUCUAUGGCAUGUCUUUUAGCUGACUAUUCCAUGAUAGAUGACCAGGGGUUUCCUCAAAACUGGUAUGUGAGGAAAUUGCACAGAGUAGCAAGAUUUGGGGGAAUCCAGAAAAUUUUCAGACCAUGAAUGUUUCUAUUUUUUUCUAAUGGAAUGUGAGAGUUUAUUUUUAUUUUAUUCUGAAGGACUUUAAGGAAGGGAUACAUGAUAAAAAGCCCAUAAAAGGUGAAAUAUGUGAUGUUCGAAGUCUCAUUGUAGACUUUUUAUAUAUAUUUUUUAAAACACUCAUCUGGAUGAGGUGCUUUGAGCAGUACUGAAAAAUACAGUUCCAGAAAAGCAACUGCUUUAAUUCCUAAGGAAGAGAUUCUAAAUAAUGCAAACUUUUUUAUAAGCAUCUGGGUUUUUGAUAAUUCUGUCUACCUACAACAAACUUGUUAGUGUAUAACCACUAUUUUAAUAAUCAUUUUCUCUACACAAGUGUGUAAUAUCAUAUUUGACUUUGCUUAUGCAGGCCAUAAGUUCCAAAAGGUAAUUUCCCAGGCCACAAAGGCAUAAACUUGAAAACACUUGAUAUUGAAUCAACAUGUUUUAAUAGGAAAAGAUGAAUAGUCUAUGUAUGUAUCAAUCUGGUGAAUCCUUGUUGUAAUAAAUAAGGAUUUUUUUCUUUUCUGUGAUACACACAACCCCAUUGAUAAUGUAUGUAUGAACAUUUUUCCUUUUACAUCUCCAAACGAAGUUUAUCGUCUGAGGUCAGUUAAAUUCCCACCAAGGUUUGCUGUCAGUAUUUUAACACCUACACUGGUAUAUUGGUCCAGGGUCAUAUCCCAAUAAAAUCCAUCAUGCAGCCUUAUUAACCUAUCUUGGGAUUCCAGCUUAGUGCUUGGAUUUAUUUCCUGAUUACACUACAUAGAAAAGUGGGACAUCUGCCAUCCCAACUCUGGGAAAACCAACUAAUAUACAACCAUAUAAAUAAAUGAAGGCCAUCUUGAUGGUCUUGACACUAAUUUUUAUGAUGCAGAUUUAUAAACUGAUUUUUGUAAAGGACAAGGUUUUAAAAGUGUAUUUAACUUGAUGUUUUCUAUCAGCAUAAAUUAAAAUGAUCAUGAACAGUCAUUAAAAACAAUUGCCAGAGAUAAUCUGCAUGAAGGAAAAAAAGCUCUGCAAAUGGCUAAGUUGGAAGUGUUGUUUUUGAUAUGUAAGAGAUAUUCAGAAUGCUCAACACUGAAAAAUGCCUCAACUUUUUCAAGUAUAAGAAACCACCUUGAGUGGUGUCUAGAUUUCUAAUGAAGAAUGAUGAUACAGUUUGGAUUAAGUAUCUUGGACUGGUUUUAAACAGUGCUUUGUACCUGAUCUGCUGAAGCAUCUGUCCAGCUUGGUAUCCUGUGAAAGUUUGUUAUUUUCUGAUUAGACAUUCUUAUAGAGUAUUGUCUUCAAAAUCAGAUUGUCUCUUCUAUAUUGAAAGCAUUUUUAUGUUUUCUAAUUUAAAAAUUAAUAUUUUCUUAUAGAUAUUGUGCAAUAAAGCUGAAGUAGAAUGUGUGGUUUUUGCAAAUGCUUUAACAGCUGAUAAAAUUUUACAUUUGUAAAAUUAAUAUAUUGUACUGGUACAAAAUAGUUUUAAAUUAUAUUUUAAAAAGCUCCC